UGGAUGUCACUCUCUUCCUCUGCAAAACCGAACCCUGGUUCUUCAAGAAGUAAUAACAGCAGGCGCCCUGUCCUCUAGGAUGGCCGGAGGUAAUCAGAACAAAAGCGCAUCCCAUAAGCCUUCUCCAUCCUCAGCCUCCUCCUCUCAACGCAAGUCUCGCUGGGAAUCCGAUAACCCACCCUCCGACUCCUCCAAAAAACCCGCUGACCCCAAACACAGCAAACCCCCAUCCAACCCCACUCCGAAACCCCCGAGCUCACCCCAUCACAAAACCCCCACCGACCCAAGUCAUUCCGGCCAUGCUCCAAUCCCCUCUUCGGGACCUCCAUUUCCCUUUCCCGACCCCACCUCUCUGGGCCCUCCGCCUCCCCCGGUCUACGGUUUCCACAUGCUCGACCGGCGUACUAUAGUUCUUGCCGACGGUACCGUCCGGUCCUACUUUGCCCUCCCGCUCGAUUACCUAGAUUUUACUCCGCCGCGGCCUCCCGCGGGAAGAUUCUUGCCGAUGGGUCCCGGUCCAAGGCCCGAACCGGGCGGGUUCGAUAACCGUUUUCCCGCACCGGCGAGUCCCGGAGGGUUCAGUAGGCAUCAGGAUUACUGGAACUCGCUAGGGCUCGAUGCACGUGGGACCGCUGAGGGGUCGAUGAAGAGGAAGUAUAGAGAGGAGGAUGGGAAGGAUGAGUUCGCCAAGCACAUUCCGCAAUUCGUGCAGUAUGGGCACUCCAACGGUCUUCCGGUGAGUCACGGCGGUGACCGGGGCGAGUCUUUUGCUGGAACCAGUGGCCCGUUUGGCCGGGGCGAUGAAUAUAGGGCAUCGAAGUACAUGAGGGUUGGUGGUAAUACGGGUCUUAAGCACCUUGAAGUCGAUCAGAACGCAUUGAAGAAGGCGUUUCUCCAAUUUGCGAAGUUAAUUAAUGAGAAUGCGAGUCAAAGGAAGAAUUAUUUGGAGGAAGGAAAGCAUGGACGGCUCCAAUGCAUUGCUUGUGGCAGGUCUUCUAAAGAUUUCCCAGACAUGCAUGGUCUCAUAAUGCACACUUACAACUCAGAUAAUGCUGACUUGCUUCUGGAUCACUUGGGCUUACACAAAGCUCUGUGUGUUUUAAUGGGGUGGAACUACUCGAAGCCUCCUGAUAGCUCAAAGGCAUAUCAGUUUCUAUCUGCUGAUGAAGCAGCAGCAAACCAGGAUGAUCUGAUUAUAUGGCCACCUGUUGUGAUAAUUCAUAAUACAAUUACAGGAAAGGGUAAAGAUGGGCGCAUGGAAGGUUUGGGAAACAAAGCAAUGGAUAGUAAAAUUAGAGAUCUUGGAUUUGGAAGUGGAAAGUCAAAGUCUGUGUAUGGGAGAGAUGGUCAUCUGGGUAUAACCCUGGUUAAGUUUUCGGGUGACCAAUCAGGCCUUAAGGAGGCAAUGCGGCUUUCAGAAUUCUUUGAUAAAGAAAAUCAUGGACGCAAGGCUUGGGCUCGUGUACAGCCCUUGACAUUUGGCAGGGACGACGAGAAGAACCCAAACCUUAUGCGGGUAGAUGAGAAAACGGGCGAGAAAAAGAGGAUCUUUUAUGGUUAUCUUGGAACUGCUUCUGAUCUGGAUAAAUUUGAUUUAGACAUGAGGAAGAAAGUCGCGAUCGAGUCUCGGAGGGAACGCGUCUCCACGUAGGUUCUUGGUGACAAUGCAAGGUAUUGUGGUGUAUUCUAAUUUAUUGUCACUUAGCACAAGAACAUCUGAUCCUUAGGCCAACUGGUCAUUUGAAGACAAAUGUUUAAUGUAACAUGCCAACAGUUGCUGAUGAUAUAAGUCAUGCAGCCUCGUUGACUGCUGGUGCUGCUUGUUGGGUAAUGCAAGGGAAUUUUCUCGGGUGUUAAA